AUGGCUAUAACUAUCGCUGCUCACCUCGCCCAGACUUCUGUCCGCCACUUCUCCGGCCAUCGGCCGCGCCCCCAUAGUCGCACGGCUCGCGCGGUUGCCUUGUCCUACCUCAUCUCUGGCGUGCUAGUACCUUUCAUCCCACCGGCGCUCGAAAGCUUGCGGCAGAAGAACUUAGACUUCCCAGACCGCAACAAGUGA